CAUCGUCGCUGGAACAGGAAGACACCAAUUCGGGCAAACCCAAAUAACUAGUAAAUCUUUAGGCUCGCUACUGAGUCAACCGAAACGCUUUAAAGUUUCUUUUGAUGUAUAUAUGCAACUAAUUUCGCAACCAAUAAUUCCAGCUACAUCUUCAUCAAAUGAACAUGGACCAUCAUCAGCCGCACAAAGGAUUCUACAAUAUCCAGUUUUCAUUAGCUUAAUUUUGGGCAAUUGUCCAAAGGAUUGCAUUCACGGGUUCUUUAAUAUUACACCAAAUCAUGCAAUAUUCGAGUCUCUAAAGAAUUCAUUGACGAAGAAUCGGCAGCAGAUUGCGUAUUUCUGUGUUGUCUGA